AUGUCCGCUUCCGGCGCUGAAGCCUGGCAGGGUGCCAGUAAGUUCCCGGAAGACAAUCCGCUGCACGAAAGAGUCACCGAUUUCGUCAAGAGCGUCGAUUGGGACGCCCUUCGCAGACACGCCCAAAGCGUGCGCGGCGUAGCGUGCGAGCUCAGUCAAAGCUACUCAACAGGACUCGACAAUGUAGUCAGGAAGAUCGACUUCGCAGAUGGCGUGCAGUGGGUCGCGCGACUGCGGAUGCCAGAUAUGGGAGAGGCAAUUCGCCGAGAGCUGCUCAGCGCACGCCGGACGAUGGAAGUAGAGAUUGUGACGAUGGCGUAUUUGAGGAAGCACACAAGCAUUCCCGUCCCAGGAGUCCACACAUACUGCCUCGACGCCAAUACCAAGGUCGGCGCGCCCUACAUGUUCAUGGACUACAUCCACGGCACGGUUGCCCAAGAUCUCGCCGAGGUCAAGGACUACGAUCUUCAGACCAACACUGCCUUCUGGAAACAAAUGGCUGAAAUACAGAUCGAGCUCGCCAGCUGCACAUUCGAUCGCAUCGGCAGCCUCUACAACAUCGACGACAACUUCACGAUUGGACCUGAGCUGAUCACCGGCAAAGGACCAUGGAACACAGCCGAGCAAUACUGGAGUGACCUGGUCAAGAGCUACCACACUACUGCAGAACAGCAGGGCAGCCUGCAGCUCAAGAACAGCCCAUCGUUUCAACUUCCAUCGAAAUUCCUCAAACUCAUCAAAUCGUACGGAAAACUUGACCAGAAGAAAUUCUGCCUCGUCAACCGUGAUUUCCGAACCCACAACGUCCUCGUCAACGACAACUUCGAGAUUGUAGGCGUAAUGGACUUCAAAAGCGUCGUGGCAGCUCCGAUCGAAAUGGUGGCACAAUUUCCAUCCUUCUCGGGCCUUGACAGACCCAUGCCAUUUUACCAGGAAAUCAAGAAGGGAGCGCGUACGCUAGAUUGGAUCAAAGCGACGCAACCUUAUCUUGAUAAAUACGUCGACAACUUGCGAAAGGCAGCUGAAGCUUCUUCGAACAAGGAAGAUAUGCUGGAGAUCGUUCAGUGGAUGAUGGAAGAUGGAGCAAGCAUCCUCGAGGGUCUGCAGAAGUAUCGUCAGCAUUGGUUGUUCGUCAACGAGGCUUGGUGGAAGGCAUAUGAGAAGCUGGCCGAAAAGAAGGAGAUGGAGGCAGAGGACAAGAAGAAUCAGUAG